GCCCGUUAGCUUAGUUUAGCUGCCGCUACUCACCGGCGAUGAUACAGCAAACAAGGACUUGAUAGGGCUUACGGAGUUGUGCAUAAGCCCCCUUUUUGACUCCCAAAAUACAGGCACCAUUUAGACAUCAUUGUUAGCUGAUCGCGGGUGGAGUGUAAAUAUUCGGCAAGUUUUUUUUGUUGUUGCGUGGGGUAGAAGAGGACGUCCGCGAGAGGAAUGAAGUCUGCGACUGAUUUCAUGCGACAUAGGUUGGACAGCUCGUUGACCACCUGACUGCAGCCAAACUCUUCACAGCUAAAUCUUCGUGCUUGCUUUUGGCUCUACCAUAUGUGAUGGGAAACCUUUGCAAUAAGGUACCAUAACUCCCGAAGGGGUGAAGCGAAUCAUUUCUGCUUAUCUACCAGGGCUUUAAGCUAACCAGUUGCUAGCAGAAUUUCGAAUUAAUUAUAUCUAAUAUGUGAUUAUGUUGUUUUUGUAAAGUGGAUUAUUGUGUGAAGUAGUUUCUGAGUCAGCACACUGAUUGGAAGGACAAAUAUUCUGACUUCUACCGAUGGGGCUUGAGCAUCGCGAUCGAGCUAGCAUUAUAGCUGUGCGUUAGCUAGCAGGUCGAGUCAAAAGCCCAACCGCCUAUUUCUAAGGACCCCCAAAAUCAGAACCCUCCUGGUGGCAGGGAUGCACCACCAGGACUUUUGUGGAGACCCACCUAGUGCUGGUAGCAGGAAAACGGUGUUUCAUUACCGCAGGGGCAGCGGCGGAGGGGCGCCUGCUUUGUCCACUGGCGCUGGAGUUAAUGCACUUGAAGAAUGUUCGGCACCAGCUGGAGCCUCCUCUCCGGGACCCCAUCAACAGCCCGCAUCCCAAAUGCCUGGAGCUCAGGUGAAGAAGAAGAGUGGCUUCCAGAUAACAAGCGUCACCUCUGCUCAGAUUAACAUAAGUGGCAGUAACAGUUUGGCUGAUGACACCGAGAGCUAUGAUGACCUGGAUGAGUCGCACACUGAGGACCUUUCUUCCUCUGAUAUGCUGGAUGCUUCAGUGUCCCGAGCCACAGACACGGGUGUGCCAGAGCGAAGUUCCUCGGACGAGACAUUAAACAGCCUCCAUGGGGUGGACACGCCUGGCCUUGUGUCACCCAAUGAGCCUCCAUAUCCACAUUCCAGCCAGGGAGCUCAGAAGCAUACCGCGAUGGUAAAUGGGACUGCACACCAUCAUUAUUAUCCGCAGCAGCACAGUCUGCCCCAUCAGCAUCACGCUGAUAACUUGCCAGGAGGUGAAUCAUCAGCCCUUCCCUUAGCAUCGUUGUCUAGCUCCAGCCAGCCGCUUUCCAAAACGGGGGCUACCCCAUCCCAGAAGCCACCUGUGUUGGAGAGCACCAAACCUAUAGGGGGAACAGCACAACCAUCUGCUCCUAUUGUUGGUAGGACAGCCGGUGACUCACACCUACAGGGUACUGGGAAUUUUCAGACCGUCUCCUCUGUCACUCCAGUUCAGCCACCUGGGCAGCCAGGUUUUGACAACACUGGUGGGAUUGGACCAACAGUUUCCACUGGUGGAGUAACAGGUCAGUCAACCACCGCCUCCAGCACUCAAACGCAGACGACUACCAGCUCUCGUUUCAGAGUGGUCAAACUGGACACCAACUCUGAGCCAUUCCGCAAAGGAAGAUGGACAUGUACAGAGUAUUACGAGAAGGAGAUUCCACCUGCAGCAAUCUCGGAGGCACCUAAAGCUGCGGAUUCUUCUGCGGAGACUGAGCCCGGUAAUGCUGGAGUAAGUUCAAUUCUUUCAGCAUGUCCAGCAACCUCACACACUGCAGCCUUAUCAGCUGUCGAACCAGGAGUACACCGGUCCUCAUACAAUGCAGAGCCCGCCACAAGCUCCGGCCCAAACCAAUCCCUUCAACUAUAUGUCACCCCAGGAAGUAGUUGGUGCAGCUCACACUAAGAUGCUAGGGGCUCCUGGUACUCUCCCUGCAAGUCCACCACAAGUUGGUAUGAACCAGCCCCCCUCCCGCAUGGCCCAUCAUUUACCCUAUG